AUGGGGUACUACUUGGCCGAUGGCAUAUACCCUAGGUGGCCUGUUUUUUUGAAGACGAUCAGCUGCCCAAUUAGUGAGAGGAGAGUCUUGUUUGCGGCAAAGCAGGAGUCCGCGCGGAAGGAUGUGGAGCGGGCUUUUGGGGUGCUCCAAUCGCGGUGGGCAAUCGUGAAAGGUCCGGCGCGUUUCUGGUACAAGGAAGUCAUCGCCGACGUCAUGUAUGCGUGCAUCAUCAUGCAUAACAUGAUAGUCGAACAAGAACGUGGUCAUGUCACCAAUUGGGUGGAUGAUGAAGCCGGAUCUAGCUCCAGCACGGCUACCUCGCCGGUCACUCGAGGAUUACCGACUGGCUUCGGUGCGGUUCUAGAGCGACAGGCCUCAAUGCGCAACCAACAAGACCAUACUCAGCUCAUGACCGACAUGAUUGAAGAAGUUUGGACCCGCAACCGCCGCCAUUGA